ACACACAUUGCUUUAAAAUCUAAAUAAAAACUCUGUUUGAAUCAAACUCCUUCUGGCCAGCUGUUGGUUAGGAUUUAUUAUUAUUUAUUGAAUAAAAUUAGUUUGAGAUCUCCCAUUCUCUCCUUCCCGUUUGUUCGUGAAGCUCCCCCCACAGCCAGAAUUAUCGCAUUUUACUCCUAAAUCAAAACCCUAAGAUCCAUACUUUCACAUUCUCUGCAUUGCUCUCCCGCAUUCUCUGAUCUCGACCCGCUUCUACCUUCCAGCGUGCUUUAUUUGCUUGUCGGUUGUUUGAUCGUAUAGCUGAGAGAGAGGUGACCGAUUUGUUUUUUUAAUUGUUUUAACGGUACAAUGACGGAGGAUGUAGUGAAUGUGAACGUGAACGAGAAGGAUUCAACGGAGGAAGAGAAGCGUGGGUUGGAUAUGAGUGGCCAUGAGGGUCCACCGACGCCUGCUGUUCCCCUUGCAGAUUGUAAUGGAGUUAAGGACGAGAGUAAGACUGGGAAGGGGAAUUCAGAAGAUGAUCCAGAUGCCUCCUACGUUUUUAUUGGUGGAAUAGAUGAUCCUGUUUCUGCCAAACACUCCCACUCUGCGGAUCUCUAUGCCAAUUCUCAAGUAGCUCAAACAACCUGUUCUACUCUGAAGGACUCCGACAAUGUGGUUGAUCGUUUAGACUUUGUUCAUCAAGGGGAUGCAGUGGAUGUAGUUGAAGCCCCAAGUGCUGAUCCCCAAGUUCCCAAUGGAAACUUGGUCAUUGAAUUUGAGGCGCAUGAGAAGGAUGAUCAACAGUCCGUUGAGGAAGAUUUGGCUGGAGAUGCACAAGGAACUCCGGAAUUUCAUUCAGAGACUAUUGAGCCUGAAACUGCAUUGCUGCAGGCUAAUGGCACUGAUGCAAAGGCUGAGUCAGAACACGUUAUGGAGUCAGUUCCAACUCAAAAUUCAAGCAAUAUUGAUGUUGCUGAAUCAGAACUAAAUCGGUCUAGUAAUAUUGAGGUCACAAGCAGCACAAAUAUUGAUGAAUCAAAGUCAAAUCAAUCUAGUAAACGAGAGGUCAUAGAAGAUCCCAGUUUUUGUGAAUCAGAAGCAAGUCAGUCUGGCCUUGUUGAGGUCACAAGCAGUAUGAAUAUUGUUGAGUCAGAGUUAGAUCAAUGUGGUGAUAAUGAGGCUGUAGAUAAUGCCAGUCUAGCUGAUACAGAACCAAAUCAGUCCGGUAACAUUGAGGUUGCAGACAGUGCCAAUACUACUGAAUCAAAGCAGACUCAGUCUAGUGUUGAGGAGGAAAUUCAAGAGGAGAGCACUUUGGGCUCCGAUCAAGGGAAGGAUCUGGUUCAAUUGGCUAACAACCUUCCUGUGGACUGUCUGCAAACAGCAUCUGAAUUGGAUCAGAAUACUGAAGUAAAGAUGGAAGGAGCAGAAGCUGUUGAUGCCUCCUCAUCUAGUGAAUAUACCAACGGAUUGUCCUCUAGCCAAGCUCCAGGUUGUGACGCGGAAAAGGACCCUGUUAAUGGUUUGGCAUGUGAGGCAAAUGGCUGUUCUGAUGACGUUGAAACCUCACUAUAUUCUUAUGCUGAAAUUAUCGACAAUGGAACCUCAACUGUUUCUGAUGCUGAAACUGGAAAGGGCUUUGGAGCUGCUAUCAAUAAUUGUGCAAUUGGAGAUCCAACGAAUGACGUCAAGGCUCCUGUUAUCCAGUUCAAUUUGGAUGCUGAAAAAAUACGUACACAGACUGUUUCUGAUGACUCAGUUCAUGAUAGUCAAAUCGCGCCUCAAGAUAAUAGAAUAUCUGGAAUUAUCAAAGAUGAUUUGUUUGAGAAUGGAGCCACUGAAAGCUACAAAAGUGAUCCAACUGGUCCUGCUAGUGAUCCAACAGCGGGAUCAGCUGUUGAAAUUGGAAGUCCUUCUCCUGUCAACAGUAUGGAAAUACACGAUGGUAUGAAGACUUUGGAUGAGAACUUAGAUGGAGAUAGCAGUGAAAGUCUCAGUUCGCAUCUUGUUAAUGACAGAGAAGUAGUCAUUGAGCCUGAUUGUCACCCUCUUCCUAAUGAAAAGGCGUCAAGCACCCCAGAUAUGGAUGCUAGUCUUGAAACUGAGACUGACUGCACUGCCACUAUAUCUGAAGAGGAAGUCUCUGCUUCCUCAAAAGAUGAGGUGUGUUUACAAGCUGAGGCAUCUGCAGGAGCAGCUGAUGUGUUGGAUGGCUCUGUUGUUACCAGUCAAAGCAACUCAAAUCUCAUUCGAGCUGAUGUUAAAAGCAUAGCAAAUGAUCUUGUUAUUAUAGACAGUGAUAAGAAAACUCCUCAAGAAAUGGAUGUCAACGAAAGCCUUAACAAAGAAGAAGCCUCAAUAUCUUCCCCAGAAGGCUCCAUAGUUGAUGCUUCCGAUGGGCAAAAUUCACUGGUUGACGUGGUGACACGGCCAUUCUACUACAUGAUCAGAAUUCCUAGAUACGAUGAUGAUGAUAAUUUAAAAGAACAGAUUAAACGUGCUCAGAUUCAAGUUGAUGAAAAGACUAAAAGUCGAGAUGCUAUUCGAGCUGAGAUACAGAAGGAAAGGGCCAAUUCUUACAAGUUCACUGCAUCUAUUGAUGCUGCUCUAUCGGAAGAGACAGCAGCUCGUGACCUGCUUAAGGCCAAACGCAAAGAAAUAGACUCUGUUCUAGUCGUGAUUAACAGAGGGAAGAGUGCAUCUGAGCUUAAGAACAUUGAUGAUACGAUACAUGCUAUUGAAUACAAGAUACAACAUGAAACCCUACCAUUGAAGGAAGAAAAGCAAUAUAUUAUUGAAAUCAAGAAAUUAAAGCAAACUCGUGAAAGGCUCUCCGAUAAUUUUGGUAGUCAGGAAGCCGUCCAGGAGGCUAUAGAUCAGAAAGUCCAAUUUGAAGAGCGGAUGAAGAUUUUAAGGAAAGAAGCAGACCUACUUAGAGAAAGUGCUCUCAAAGCUGAAGCAGCCACCAAAAAUGAUGAGAAGAAAUAUCAAGGUGAAAAAGCUAAGGUAGAUGUAUUGGCAGCUCAAUUUAGAGCUGCUGAUGACAUACGGCAAGAAGCUUAUGCACAUCUACAGAGUUUAAGGAAACGAUUAUAUGACAAGAGUAAAUACUUCUAUAAGUACAAGGAUGACGCAACGGCAGCUUCAGAUUUAGCAUCCAAGGGGAAAAAAGAAGAACUCCAACAUCACUGUGUUAAUCAGGUGGAAAGAUUUAUGGAAUUAUGGAACGGAAAUGAUGAGUUCCGAAAAGAAUAUGAGAGAUGCAACAGGAGGAGUACAUUGAGGAGAUUUCGGACCUUAGAUGGCCGUUCACUUGGCCCCGAUGAGGACCCGCCUGUAAUUCCCAAUUUUGUGAAUGAAAGAUUGGCUGAGAAUAACGUUAUACCUUCUAUUUCCGCUCUCCAAGAAGAAAAAAUAACUGCACCUGUGAAGAAUGAAAAUAAAGAUGCUAUUUCCGUAUCAAAGGUUAGGGGCCAAAAUGAUGCAGCUGUUAAAUCUGAAAAACCUGUAAAACAUGCUACUUUAGGGAAAGGGUUAGCAACUGUUUCUGGCAGGGUUGAGGUGGAAAAGGCGGAUACAGAGGAGCAUAAGUUAACUAAAGAGGAAGAAGAGUUGGCCAGGAAAGCCGAGGAUGUGAGGAAGAAAGAGGAAGCAGCCAUGUUGAGAGAACAACGGCUAUUAGACGAGAAAAUUAAAGCUAAAGAGGCAAUGGAGAGGAAGAAGCGAAAUGCUGAUAAAGCCCGAGCUCGGGCUGAACUGAAAGCACGGAAGGAAGCUGAGCAGAAAGAGAAGGAAAAGGAGAAGAAGGCAAGAAAGAAGGAGAAAAAGAAGGGUUUAGAAGAAGUGAAUGGUAGCAUUGAGGGAGAGGCUGCCCCAAAUUCUGAAACUCCAGCUGAAACCAAGGAAUCUGAAACAAUUGAGAAACCUGUGGCAGUGACAAAGAGAUCUCAAAAGCAACUGCACUUUGCAAAGCAAACCAAGGCAAAAUCAAUGCCCCUGCCACUUCGGAAUCGGAAUAAGAGAAGGAUGCAGACAUGGAUGUGGGUUCUUCUUUUUGCUCUUGUUAUAGUGGCGGCCCUAUUUUUAUUGGGCAAUGGCAGCACUUAUCUACGAAGCCUCGGUUUUGGUUUCUAAAUGCAUACGUGAUUGGUAAGUAGAUAACCUAUAGAGGCAUGGUGGAAUAUUACUACAGAUAGUUAGGCUAUUCUUUUUUAUUACUACUAUUCAUAGUUGCUGCUCUGGCGUAGCUUGCAUUCUAUCAAGUGUAAGCAGCUUUUUAUAUUGAUACUCCGCUGACAGAUUGGGUUACUGGUAUAUGAGUUGGGUGGUCAUAUGAACACUGGUUCUCCGGCAUUGCGUCCAUUCGUUAUUGAUUAUAGGGAAUGCAACAAGUAGAAUGAUUUUGGGUAUUUGUCUCGAGUUUGUUUUAUGAUUUUUGGUUAUAUGUGUUUGGCUGGGAAGGAGUCGAAGUAUUUGUGAGAAAGGCUCAACCUUUAUUUAUAUAGAAGAUAAAGCUUAUGUAAUAUUGUGACAGAUUGGUGAUGGUUUUUAGAUAUUUGCAUUUAGUAUAUACUUGAAGUGCAAGAUGGACGCAAAAGCAUUAUUUUGCAUUUUUAUUACCUUUUAAUACUUAAUAAUUAUUAUUACUUUUGUU